AUGGUAGAACUACGCAAGAGACCCGCCGCACCUCCACCGCCUCCGCCAGCCAAGAAGCGGGCACCAGCUAAACCAAAGGCAAAGAAGGACGAUGCGCCCAAAGCUGCGGAGCCCGAGCCAGCAGAAGCAGCUCCCGCGCCAGAGCCAAUAGCUGAGGCAGCGAAAGGCGGAGCGCCCAAAGUCGGUGACAGCAUCACCCUCGAUGGCUUCGGUGGAGAGAUCGAAACCAACGAUGGAGAUAAGACAACAUUGGCCAAGCUCGUCAGCGACAGCCAGGCCGGUGUGGUGCUUUUCACCUAUCCCAAGGCCAGCACGCCAGGAUGCACGACCCAAGCAUGUCUCUUCCGCGACUCGUAUGAGCCUCUCACAGCGACAGGUCUCAGCAUCUACGGCCUCAGCACAGAUAGCCCCAAGGCCAACACUACAUUCAAGACGAAGCAGAAGUUGCCAUAUCCACUGCUAUGCGAUCCGAACGCGACACUGAUCGCCGCGAUUGGCUUGAAGAAGGCGCCAAAGGGUACAACAAGAGGUGUCUUUGUCGUUGACAAGAGCGGCAAGGUCCUCGCCGCUGAGCCAGGAGGUCCAGCGCCUACUGUAGAAGUUGUGAAGAAGCUCGUAGCUGCUGCAGGUGGUGAUGCUGGUGCCGAUGGCAUUAAGAAGGCCGAGGACAAGGUCAGCGCCGACACGGCUGGUGAGGUUGCCGACACUGCGGAGAAACUCGAUGGCAAGGCUUAG